GUCAUUUUGUUCUGUAUGUGUUUGUGCAAACUAGCUGGUGUGUUUGCUGAUACAGAUGCAGUGGAGUCAGUGUCAGUGCUGGAGGGAGAUUCAGUCGCUCUAAACUCUGGUUUUACUGAAAUAACGGAUGAUGAUCUGAUUCUGUGGAGGUUUGGAGCUGAAAACACUUUAAUAGCUGAAAUCAGUGUAAUGGCCGGCAGCAUGGCUGUAUUUGAUGAUGUUCUUGAUGAGAGAUUCAGAGACAGACUGAAGCUGGACGAUCAAACUGGAUCUCUGAUCAUCACAAACACCACAACUGAACAUACUGGACUCUAUAAAGUAGAGCUCAAAGAUAAAGUGAACAAGAAUUUCAGUCUUAUCAUUUAUGCUCAUCUGUCUGUUCCUGUCAUCAGCAGUAACUCUUCACAAUAUUCUUCAUCAUCAUCAUCGCAGCAGAAUUGUUCAUUGUUGUGUUCAGUGGUGAAUGUGAGUCAUGUAACUCUCUCCUGGUACAAAGGAAACAGUUUAUUGUCCAGCAUCAGUGCGUCUGAUCUCAGCAUCAGUCUCUCUCUACCUCUGGAGGUGGAAUAUCAGGAUAACAACACCUACAGCUGUGUGCUCAACAAUCCCAUCAGCAACCAGACCACACAUCUGGACAUCAGUCAACUCUGUCACACAUGUUCAGGCUCUCUGUCUCUGAUAGUGUUGAUCUCUGUUACUGCUGCUGCUGGAUCUCUGUUGAUUGUGGCUGCAUUCGGUAUAUUUCUCACAUGCAGGAAAUGUAAAAAAACUGAUCAAAAAGUUCAGACUCCUGAAGAGAUCACUUACAUUGACCCAACAUUCAACAACAGAAAUACGCAUAAAACGAAUGUUGAAGAGGAAGCUCAAGUAGAGUAUGCAUCAAUCGCCUUGAGUACCGGACCCAGACCCUCCUGCAACAACCUUUACAACUCCUGCUGACAACAAGUUCUUUAAAACUUGUAGAUGAGUUUUGGGAUUGUUGACAAUGUGUAGUAUCUACAGUACAUGUAUCUAGAGGCCCGUUCACACCGGUAGUGACUCGCAGUGACUAAAACUGCCUUUUCCGACAAAUGACAGGACUGCAUGCAGAAGUUUUGGAUCCGUUUUAAACUUUGGGUGCGUUUAAAUAUUUACUUUCAAUAAAUAAAUAAAUAUUUACUGACCACUGUGAACUUAGACAUACUUGUUUUGUUGCACAUGAUUAUUGCCUACUGUAUAGCGGGGAAGUAUGCGAUUUGAUACACAGCUGUUUUAUAACAGUAAGAAGUCUUUUCUUGUAGCCUAAUCUUAAUGUAAUAUUGUGUCAUGAUUAUCGAAAUAAAACAUAUUAUAGAUGCACUUCACUGGUAUUUAAAUGAUAUAGACUUAUACUAAAUCUGUUCUUGAUCAUACAGAUUAAGCAGUAGGAGUUUUGAAUGAAAAGUGUUUCUGUUGCUACAGUACAUGCAAAACAUCUGUGUAUUUGACAAAUAGUUACCGCAUCCCACCCAAAAACCGCACUGACGUCACAAGAAGGUGAUGUGUUCAACUUCAAGCCUCUGUUUUCAAUUCCUCUUACAAUUGGAAGUGGCAACUCUCACCUUUCGGUUAAAUCCAGCUGUACACAAACAUACCUAGUGUUAAUUUGGCUAAAAUAUUAUUUAGUUGCAGUCAGUGAUUACUAUAGAGUGGUCAGAUGGCCCCUAGAGUUUGACUCUCUUUGGAGGCCCCUGGGAUCUCUGGCUCCACUAAAAGCUCAGUUUGUGAGUCAGAUUGAAACCUGCUGUAGUCGGAUUUAUUUACAGCUGUGCAAAAAUUGUGGUCUGAACUGUUGGGCGUAUAAAUGGCUUCUUCAUGAGGAUGUAUACUGGAAGAUUUUUGUGGUUGAUGUCAGUUUGAGAGUGUACGUCAGAGGUGUUAGUUGUGUGUCUGUGUGGAUAGUGUGUGGGUAAAGGGCUUUUUCCAUUCCUGUUCAUAUGAAGCUCACAGUUUGAUGUCUGCCUUCACUAAAAAUGCUGAACCCAUUAAUAAAUUCUGAAAAUUAAAGAUUGUCUUAGAGAUUGAUAUAGCUAUGUGAAUGUGAAAUGUGAAAAUAUUAUGCAGUGUAAUGUGAAAUAUCAAAAUCGAUACUUACGCAUAUGCAUGUCUCUCCAUGACCUCACACGUCACACUGUUAAAUGCCGAAUAAGCAGUGUUAGUUUCACUGGUUGCAGAUCCUGUAAGAGAAGUUAUUUCUGAGAAGAGGACGUGCUCUUGAUGUCACACUUUUUUUUUAUAUAUAAAGGUCAUAUCCUGUUUAUUUUUGUCGAUGUCAGGGGGUCAUUUUAACAAUAAAUGCAAGUAGUGUGAAAAUGAUUCAUAAUGCCAUUACUCUGGUCUUACCUGGAAAAACAGCCUCCAAAGGAAAAAACAACAUCUCAGAUGUAAAACUGGAAUAGCUGUCAAUGUGGAAAGAUGAUUACACCAUUUAAGAACAAACUGGCCAUGUUAACCAGACAAAUCUUGACACUUGAUACUUUAUUAGUUAGAAAGUGUACACACCACAGGCUUUUACUGUUAAUUAUAGUGCCAUGUAGUGUCCAGAAUCAGACCAUCGGGAACAAUAAAAGCUCCAGACGGUGUGCGCUAAUACAUCAUACAGUAGAACACCCAAAGGCCUAAUUAUAAACAUGAUGAAAGUGUUGAUGUUGUUUUUUGUUUGUUUGUUUUUUUGUGGACUGAGAAGCAUGUCAAUCAUUUAGAUUUAGUCACAAAACCAUCCGAACCAUAUU